CCCGCCCCCGUUGCCAUGGCGGCCCCGCCCCGCGCGUCACGUGACGCGCGGCGGCUCCGGGCCGCGCCGCCGCCGCCACCACCGCCGCCCCUCUCGGUCCUCCCGGCGAUGCCUGUGGCUCGUGGCUCCGGUGCUCCGCUGGCAUCUCCGGCUCCUGCUGUCCCCCAUGGGCUCGCCAGGAUGGCAGCGUGCGGCGGGGCCACUAAGAACAAGGUCACGGUCUCCAAGCACGUCUGGGACUUCUUGACCAAGGAGAGCCCGGCCAAGCUGGCGCGGCUGAAGGAGGAGACCAAGGUCAGCAUCAUGGUGGAUGGGGAGACCUCCGACAUCUACGUCCUGCAGCUCUGCGUGCCCCCCCCGGGGCCCCCGGGUGGGCUCUGCCCGGCCCGCAAAGCCCUCAAGGCCUUGCUGAAGGAGACGGAGAAGGAGCUCAAGAAGAAGAACCCCUCGAGCCGCCAUGGGGAGCUGGUUGGAUGCGUCACCGUCCUGGAGCCUGGCGGUGCCGCCCUGGGGGGCCGGGGCCCAUCCACAGCCCCCUCAUCCUCGGGGGGGCCGUCGGCAGCCGGGUGCUCGCGGGAGGAGGAGCCCGAGCGCCAGUGCCCCAUCUGCCUGGGGGAGAUCCAGAAGAUGAAGACGCUGGAGAAGUGCCGGCACUCCUUCUGCGAGGCGUGCAUCACGCGGGCGCUGCAGGUCAAGACCGCCUGCCCCAUGUGCGGGCGCUUCUACGGGACCCUGGUGGGCAACCAGCCCCCCAACGGCCGCAUGCUGGUGACGCGCGACGCCGGGCUCCUGCUGCCCGGCUACGAGAGCUUCGGCACCAUCAUCAUCCAGUACGUCUUCCCGCCCGGCGUGCAGGGGGAGGAGCACCCCAACCCUGGCGUGCGCUACCCGGGCACCACGCGUGUGGCGUACCUGCCUGACUGCCCCGAGGGCAACAAGGUGCUGGGGCUGUUCCGCAAGGCCUUCGCCCAGCGCCUCACCUUCACCGUGGGCACCUCCAUGACCACGGGCAGGGCCAACGUCAUCACCUGGAAUGACAUCCACCACAAGACCAGCUGCACCGGCGGGCCCCAGCUGUUCGGAUACCCUGACCCCACGUACCUGGCACGGGUGCAGGAGGAGCUGCGGGCAAAAGGCAUCACCGAGGACUGAGCGGGGGGGGGGCACUGGGACUCCCCCCCCGGAAGACGGGGACA